AGGUGUGGAACUGACCAUUUACCCGGACAGAUCAGGGUAGAUUCAACCGGCGGCACAUCCGUCGACCAUUCGACACAUUUCCACGGAGUUCCCAUGUCAUCGACGGAAGGAAAGAUCGUCAGCAUCAAGUACCCCAUCUUCGGCAUCGACUGGAAGCGCGAUGCGCAAGGACAACCGUUCAUUGCAGUUGCAGGUGGUGGUGGCGCCGUCAAGUCGGGCAUCAAGAACUGUGUGACAUUGGCUCGAGCUUCUCCACCGACAGCAGCAGGAGGUCAUGAACCGCCGUCGUUGGACCCGUUUCUCGUCAUCGACACAAAAGAUGCAUUGGUGUCUGGGGUCGCGAUCGGGAGCAAGGGAGGACUGCUUGCAGUGACUAUUGGCAACAAGACUGCCAUCUAUCGCGCCACCAGUGGGGACUCGCCCACGUCAAGCUUUGUCGUGGAGUUCCAGACCGACUUUGCGGAGAAAGACAGCUACCAAAACGUGGUCAAGUUCAGUCCGGACGGCGAAGCCCUUAUUACUGGCGGCGAAGACGGCAUCAUCCGACUGUGGAUUCUCACGAUUCCCCCGUCCAAGUCGGAGGUCGACAUUGACGACAAGUACCGCGACGCGUUUCAAGUGUCGGAACCCAUCUUGCUGGAGGGUCACAACGGAUGCAUCAACGACCUGUCGUGGCACCCGUCCAGCGCCAAGGUGGUGUCAUGCGCCAAGGACGGGCAGUGCCUCGUUUGGGCUUCUAUCAACGGGACGUGGAAGAAAGCGGCGUCGAUGCCGUUGGCGGGCGAACUAAACGUCCAAAAACCAGACAAGGCCAAAAACCGAGGCAAAUUUGUCUACCGAGGAUGCCAAUUUGUUCCUCUGCCGUCAUCCAGCGCUGGGAAGAAGAAUUCGGACGAGAAGGACGUGAUUGUGACGGUGCAGACGCCUGCGCGAGGGUCGUCGUACCUGUCGAAGUGGACCUGUGUCUUGGAUAAUCGAGGGCGGUGCACAGUAGACGAAAUCUACUCCAUUCCAGUCAAAGACACCAUCGUAUGCUCUUUGGCUGUGAGUGCGAUGCACGUUGCGAGUGGAUCGAGUGAUGGCCAAGUCGUGGUCCACAGCAUCGACUCAUUGUCUCAUGUGAGCACGACCGCUGCACAUUUCUUGCCGUCCACAGGGAUCGCGUUCUUUCCCUUUGACACGGAUGAGGCGCCUGGACCCCUCGACUUCACCAACGCGUUGACGCUCGUGUCUGCCUCCGCCGACUACUCCGUGUACCUCAUCUCAGGCAUUAAGCCGUCGCCGUACUACUGGUUCUUCCUGCUCGCGCUCGUGGCGUGCUACCUUGUCGUGUUCUUCGGCUUUGAUUCAUAACGGCCUUCGCGUCACACUAAUUUCGACGCAUCCUCA